CAAAAUCACAAGAUGAUUAUCCCAAUCAGAUGCUUCACAUGCGGCAAAGUCAUCGGCGACAAGUGGGAGACGUAUCUCGGAUUCUUGCAGUCGGAAUACAGUGAAGGAGAUGCUCUCGACGCGCUCGGUCUUCGUCGCUACUGUUGCCGAAGAAUGCUUCUGGCUCACGUGGAUCUCAUCGAGAAGCUUCUCAACUACCAUCCGCUGGAAAAGUAAUCGGAGCCCCUUUCAAUUGUUGUUGUUUUUCUGUUUUGUUGUGGCCGAAUCUCAAUUUUUACUUUUUUCCACCGUUUUUCCUCUUUUUCUUCACUAAUUUCUCAAAAUUUGAUGAAACAUUUGAUUC